AUGGUAGGCGGGGCUGCCACUCUGCGUACCGCAAAGGACGCGAGCCUCCACGGAAGCCCAAGGCCGCGCCCCCGAUGCGCGAGGCGGGCAGAGAAGGUGGCACCCUGGGCGGGGCCAGUGCCCUUCGGCCACUGUGGACUGCCCAGGGGGAAUAGAGAGAAAGAGAGAGAGAGAGAGAAGGCCAGUGCUCGACAGGAGAAAGAGGAGGGAGGGGAGGAGGAGGAGGUGAACUACUUCUGGGAAAGGCAGAGCGCGCACCCGACGGUGAUGCUCCACAACCAGGGCGAGACGGCGCUCAAACGUCGUCUGGUCGCUCAGGAGCGAUAA